UUACUAGUCAUCUCUUUCUGUAACAAAACAAGGUUAGAGAUGUUUUCUUCUGACACUGUCACUGUGAACUGCGAAGUGCUCCAGUGAGUGAAGCGCAAAAUCUGCAGCAACAAUGGCGUAUGGAGCAUCAGCAUGCUUCGCAUUCAGCCAUGGACCCAUUUGCCGUCAACCCAUUUCCGAACCCACUCGCCGCCAUCUUCAAUUGCCUAGGUGCUCUUCGUCUUCGCUCCCCUUCAACAACAACAAAUUCUCCACCCUCCCCUUCAACCGCUCUGGACCCGCCUCUUUCACCGGACUACGCUUCCAUGAUUCUCGCCUCUCUGCCCUCUCCAACGAUGGUUCAGGCGGAACAGGUGGUGGCUCUGGGGACUGGUAUUCUGGCGGCGGUGGUGGCGACGGCGGUGCUGAUGGCGGAGAUAAGUGGUCCUUCCUUUCAUGGUACUUGGCUCUUCUUGCAAAACAUCCUGUUCUAGUAAAGGCUCUAACAUCGGCGCUUUUGACACUAAUUGGAGAUUUGGUUUGCCAGCUUGUGAUAGAUAAGGUGCAGUCACCGGACUUCAAGAGAACAUUCGUCUUCAGUCUGCUUGGUUUUGUGUUGGUGGGUCCAACAUUGCAUUUCUGGUACUUUUAUCUGAGUAAAUUGGUAACACUUCCUGGAGCUUCAGGUGCAAUUUUGCGGCUUGUAAUUGAUCAGUUCAUAUUUUCUCCGAUAUUCAUUGGAGUUUUCUUAGCUAGCUUGGUGACACUGGAGGGAAGCCCAUCACUAGUUGUACCUAAGCUUAAACAGGAAUGGUUUUCUUCUGUUCUAGCAAACUGGAAAUUAUGGAUACCUUUCCAAUUUCUCAACUUUAGAUUUGUUCCACAACAAUUUCAGGUUCUUGCUGCUAAUGUUAUUGCUUUAGUAUGGAAUGUUAUUCUCUCAUUUAAGGCACACAAAGAAGUUCUUCAAAAAUAGAAUUGUUCAGGCUAGUUUCUUCUGGGGAGCUAUAGAAGCUGUGCUCAAGUCUUUUAAAUGCGUGUUUCGAUUGGCUCUGAGGACAAACUCCAUAGCACAUUUACCAUUUGUAGCUUCUUUAUCAAAGCGAUUUCACACAUGCAAACACACUAUAAAAGUUUUGGUUAUUUAGGUCAAAAUGAAGACCAGUUGUUCUAUAAACUCACAUGAAGAAUUUUGCGUGCAGUUUGGUUAAUUCAAUCUUCAAUAUUUUAUCA